GGCGCUGACGCGGCAAUAAAGGCGGAGCUGCCCGGGCGCGGAGUCGGCUGCGGCGCCAUGGAGCGGGGCGCGGAGCGGGGCCCCCCUAGCAGCGGCCCGGCGCCGCGCGGGCAGGCGGCGGCCAGCUGCGGGCUCUGGGAGAUGCGCGACCGCCUGGGCACCGGCGGCUUCGGCAACGUGUGCCUCUACCAGCACCAGGACACGGGAGCCAAGGUGGCCGUCAAGUCGUGCCGGCUGGAGCUGAGCGUGAAGAACAAGGACCGCUGGUGUCACGAGAUCGACAUCAUGAAGAAGUUGAACCAUCCCAAUGUAGUAAAAGCCUGUGAAGUUCCUGAGGAGAUGAACUUUCUUGUUAAUGGUGUUCCUCGUCUGUCAAUGGAGUAUUGUUCAGGGGGUGACCUCCGUAAGCUGCUAAACAAACCAGAAAACUGCUGUGGACUUAAGGAAAGUCAAAUACUGUCUCUGCUUAGCGACAUUGGGUCUGGUAUCCAGUAUUUGCAUGAAAACAAAAUUAUACACAGAGAUUUGAAGCCUGAAAACAUUGUUCUACAGGAUGAAGGUGGGAAGAUUGUUCACAAAAUAAUAGACCUGGGUUAUGCAAAGGACCUGGAUCAAGGAAGUUUAUGCACUUCAUUUGUUGGAACAUUACAAUAUUUGGCUCCUGAACUCUUUGAGAAUAAAUCCUACUCUGUUACUGUUGAUUACUGGAGCUUUGGAACGAUGGUGUUUGAGUGCAUUGCAGGAUUUCGACCUUUCUUACAUAAUCUACAGCCAUUCACCUGGCAUGAAAAAAUCAAGAAGAAGGAUCCAAAGCACAUAUUUGCUUUUGAAGAGAUGAACGGGGAAGUUCGCUUUAGUACUCAUUUGCCACAGCCUCAUAGUGUCUGUGGUUUAAUUGUAGAACCCAUGGAAAACUGGUUGCAACUGAUGCUGAAUUGGGAUCCACAACAGAGGGGUGGAGGUUUUGAUCCUGAGACCAGUCGUCCAAAAUGUUUCGUAGUAAUGGAUCACAUACUCAAUCUGAAGAUAGUACAUAUCCUAAAUAUGACCUCUGCCAAGAUUGUUUCAUUUCUCUUGCAUCCCGAGGAAAGCCUUCAUUCCCUUCAGACUCGGAUUGAGUAUGAAACUGGAAUAAGUACUGGUAAUCAGGAACUGCUCUUGGAAACGGGAAUUUGCCUGGACCCCCGGAAGCCUGCUUCCCAAUGUGUUAUUGAUGGCGUAAGAGGCUGGGAUAGCUAUAUGGUCUAUUUGUUUGAUAAAAGCAAAACUGUCUAUGAUGGACCCUUUGCUUCUCGGAGUCUGUCCGACUGUGUAAAUUACAUUGUACAGGAUAGUAAAAUCCAACUGCCAAUUUCUCAGCUGCGCAAGGUAUGGGCAGAAGCAGUUCACUACGUGAUUGGCCUAAAAGAAGAUUAUAGCAGGCUUUUCCAGGGCCAGAGAGCUGCCAUGCUGAGUCUCCUUCGGUAUAAUGCCAACCUAAUCAAAAUGAAAAACAAUAUGGUAUCAGCAUCUCAGCAACUGAAAGCAAAGCUGGAAUUCUUUCGUCAGAGCAUUCGCCUCGACCUGGAGAGAUACAGUGACCAGAUGGCUUAUGGCAUAUCUUCAGAAAAGAUGCUCAAAGCAUGGAAGGAGAUGGAAGAGAAGGCUUCACAGUGUGCCCAGGCUGAAGAUAUCGGAUAUCUAGAUGAACAGAUUAUGGCUCUGCACACAGAGAUUGUGGAGCUUCAGAAGAGUCCAUACGCAAGACGCCAAGGAGAAGUCAUGGAGAGUCUGGAACAGAGAGCCAUAGACCUGUACAAGCAAUUAAAAACAAGACCACCAGAUCAUGCCUACAGUGACAGCACGGACAUGGUGAAGAUUAUUGUGCAGACAGUUCAGAGUCAAGACCGAGUUCUCAAGGAACUUUUCGGCCAUCUCAGCAAGCUCUUGGGCUGCAAGCAGAAGAUUAUUGACUUGCUUCCAAAGAUUGAAGUGGCUUUAAAUAACAUCAAAGAAGCUGAUAACUCUGUGAUGCAGAUGCAGGGCAAAAGACAAAGGGAGAUAUGGCAUUUGCUCAAAAUUGCUUGCACUCAGAGCUCUUCUCGAUCACUGGUAAGCUCCAGCCUGGAAGGGGCAGCCUCAACUUCUGCAGCCACCUGGCUCCCCCAGAGCUCCUCGGAACAUGUACCUCACCCACUAUCAUCUAUGGCAACUCCCGAAGAUGGGGAAGAUUUUAUUGAUGUGAUAGAAGAGAAUCUGAAUUAUCUCGACCGCUUCAGCAGUAUUUUGCAGGAGGCAAGACAAGAGCAGAGUAACAGCAUGAUGGGGUUUGACUGGAGUUGGCUGAAGUAGCGCUGGGCCCCGCCGUGCUGCUGCCUGCAGAGAGGCUGCCGGGCUACGGAGGGGCACAGCAGCCCCCUCGCCUCGCCUUUUGGAACCGCAGCCGAGCCGGUGCCAACGGCUGCAACGGACACACGGCGGCCGUUACCACACGGAGCUGGGCGGCGCCGCACCGAGGGAGCAGCCGCCGCUGCCGGGCUCCGCGCUGAGGGGACGGGCUGGAGCGGCUCGCGCGGGGGCGCCGCGUGUUUUUAACCCGAGCUGAUUGUAAAUAAACGCUGCCCCCAGGC